UGCUUUCAUCAAGCCCCCGGGGCUACCAUUCUAGCAACAGGAUGGGUUAUAACAAAGACAAGAGCCGCUCGCUAAAGGAUCCAUACGUCGUACGAGGACAGGCCACCGUGUUCAUCGUACACACAAGAGUGGCCCGAUGCGUUACCGCGAGCGAAAUCUCCUUUGAUGCAGCUUCGAACCCUUGCCACAGCCUAGUCGAUGGACCGCCGGCCGGCGCUAGUAGGUCUGACUCGUCCACCAGUGGUCACUGCACUAACAGCAUGCACGAGGAAGCUGCCUCCGGAGCUGAUCUAUCUCGUAGGGCAACAACUUUUUGACCUCUCCACACAUGCUUCUGCCCGUCCUGGCUGCAACUGCUGCUGCUGGUGCAGCGCCGAUGACUCGCCCUUUCUCCCCGACGAGGCAAGCCAGGCAACGCUGACAUCGACCUGGUACGCGUCGACAACACCGCGCGAUGCUAAGCGCGCGCUUCUCAAUCUCUCGUCGGUCGACUGGCAGCUUCGUGCGCUGCUAGCUCCUCUCGUUUGGCACCAAGUUGUCCUGAAGCAGCCAUCUGAUACAAUCUUUUUGCGCAACCUGGCUCAGCGCUAUGCGGUGGCCCCCCACGCGCCGAACGCACAGGCGGCUGCACCGCAACUGCCAAGGCCACUGACGCACGUCUCUUCGCUGUGCAUCGCAUUCUCGUCUGAUCGAUACCCCGGCGGCGUCGAGCAGUCGACGCUGCUAGAUCUCCUCUCACGCCACCAGCUCGGAUCAAAGGGGCCACUGCGUUCUCUGCGUUGGUCCGCCGAAACGCUGCCGAUCCCAAGCUUGUGGCUUCACCUUGCACCGACGCUGCAGUGCUUUGACGUGGACUGCAAGACAUUCUGGGGCGGCCACCCGAAUCUUAGCAGGCUCACCAACCUAAGGGCACUCCGGCUGACCGGGUACGACGCGCAUCUUCUGCCCCCACAUUUGCCGGCACUGCUGCUUGCGCUGACGUAUGUGGUCGAUGAGCAAGACCAGCAAGGGUUAGAUGGGGACCACAAUGAAUCUAUGCGAAACAAUCACGCUCGCGUAAGCGAGAUCUUGACGCUUAAGCGUACCUUUCCAAUGAUGGCAGAGGAAGAAGCGGAGUAUGCACUCUCUGUGCGGCGCGCCAUCAGGGAGACCGGGGCGAUGAUGCUGAGCGGUGAUGAAGACUACAGCGGCCCGCACAUCGCCCCUCCGCCUGGUGGGCAGGACCUGGAGAUACAGCAGACCUUCGAUGCCGUUGAUGCCGCUGCCGCUGCAUUGCAACCACGAAUCUCGGGUGGACAUGAGCACGGCACAGGUGCAGAGGGGAGUGAAGCCGAACAAGACGAGGCCGAUGGUAUCGCCGUGUCCGCUUCGCGCCGCGCCUCACGCCUGCUGCACCUCUCCCUCUCCACCUCCAAGACGUCGCUGCUACACUCGACGACGCUGAUCGAGGCGGGGGCAUUCCGCUCGCUCGCCACGCUUGACAUCUACCCCGUGACCCCGGAGCCGCCGCUGGACGCUGCGCUGCGCUCGGCGGGCGGGACGCUGCGCAUCCUCAAGCUCGCGCUGGACAUCAGCAGUGCAUUCAGGCACUACGACCGGCUAUGGGCGCGUCUCACGGGCGGCAUGCGUGCGCUCGAGCAACUGCACCUCGACCCGCACCCGCAGCAGAACACCGCGCCGAGCUUUGGCGCGUUCGUGCAGAGCUGCGCCAAGCUCCAGAGCGUCGAUGGAAGAGUAAGGUCCGACGCGGUGCUGCCGGAUCUAGGCGCCUUCCAACCAGAUUACAGGACCGGCACCAUUUUCUGUUGAUAUUCAUCUUGUCACGCUGACCACUGUUUUGGUUCAUCAAUGAAUGAGCAUCGUCAUGCAAAGUCUAU